CAUACAACACUAGCAAAACCAGAGCAGGAUUCUACACAAUUUCUUUUGCUGACAAAUUAGAUAUUUAUGUAAAGACGUUUACAUUUUGAAGGCCCACUCUACCUGUAGAGAGCAACUUUUUUAAAGCUCAAAUAAAGUCUUAAACGUUUUUCCUUGGAGCUCCCUCUACUCUACUUUACUAGCUAAUUCAAGGCAAUCGGCCUCCCCUUUCUCUCGUUGACCCCCUGUUCAGUCUUUCUGGUUCCCCUUUCAACAACCCAAAGAAAGCUUUUGUAUUCAUAAGCUCAAGUGCCACUUCUUGUCUUGAAAGCGACUAUAUUUUAGUUAAAAUGAAUGUGAGGUUUUGUUUCUGAAGCUAAGCAGCACAUAGAGUGCUAUCAGAGCCGGAGUUUAGCCCCACAUUUUAGAUACUGAUGUCCAAAUUUAUGGGUUCCCUGAAACCAAAAUCUCUCAGGUUUGGAUAUCCAACUUCUGAUAUCCAUGUAAGAUAUGGAGGUUACCAAAACAGGAGCAGGCUGUCUCCAGCGUCAAUAUUGGAGAGCAUACAGAGAAAAAUUUCUAGUGCUUCUGAAGGCUUUAGAAGGAUGGUAGCAAAUUUAGGCUUCAAGCAUGAAGAUGAUCAGUCAAGGAAAAAACCAGAAUUUUGGAAGAAAAUUCUUGAUCCACAGAAGCCAUUUCUUCAGCAAUGGAACAAGAUAUUUGUGCUCUCCUGUGUCCUAGCAGUAGCUGUGGACCCUCUCUUUUUUUACAUCCCAGUGAUGGAUAGGCAACACCAAUGCCUAACCAUGGACCGGCUCCUUAUGAUCAUUGCUUGCGUUCUUCGUUCAUUCAUCGACAUAUUCUAUCUACUUCACAUUAUCUUUGAAUUCCGAACGGGCUUUUUACCUCCUUCUUUGCCAGUAUUUGGAAGUGGCGAACUAGUUGAAGAUCCAGCAGCUAUAGCAAAAAGAUACCUGUCCUCAAACUUCAUAAUCGAUAUCUUAUCCAUUAUCCCUCUGCCUCAGCUUUUGGCAUUAGUUAUCAUACCGGCAGCGAAAGGCCCGAUUCCAUUGAAGACAAAGAACUUCAUGAAGGUUGCGGUUCUUUUGCAGUACCUUCCAAGGCUUUUCCGAAUCUAUCCGCUAUACAGAGAAGUAACCAGAACUUCUGGCAUACUGACAGAAACAGCCUGGAGUGGAGCUGCCUUCAAUCUCCUUAUUUAUAUGCUAGCUAGUCAUGUAGUUGGUGCCAUUUGGUAUUUAUUUUCAGUAGAACAAGAAUCAAGAUGCUGGCAUGAGGCGUGCAGGAAAAAUAACUGUAAUAGCAAGUAUCUGUACUGUGGAGAUCACAGCAGACCGGCAUACGGGUUUAUAAAGGAGUAUUGCCCUCAUAAAGAGUCUGAAGAUGACAAGACCUUCAACUUUGGGAUAUAUCUUGAAGCCCUUAAGUUCCGUUUAACCGAUCAGACGACAAAUUUUCACAGCAAAUUCUUUUAUUGCUUCUGGUGGGCUCUGCGAAAUGUCGGCUCAAGUGGACAGAACCUUCAAAUAAGCAAUUACUUGGGAGAGCUUUUUUUUGCUGUCUUCAUUGCCAUCCUUGGUUUGGUUUUGUUUGCGUUACUCAUUAGCAAUAUUCAGAAAUAUCUGCAAUCAACAACUGUUAAAGUAGAGCAGAUGAGAAUUAACAGAAGAGACGCCGAGCAUUGGAUGGUGCAUCGUAUGCUCCCGGAGGACUUGAGGCAGCGUAUUAGACGAUACGAUCAGUACAAAUGGCAGCUAAACAGGGGAGUUAAUGAAGAGGAACUCAUCAGUAACCUUCCUAAAGACCUUAGGAGAGACAUCAAACGCCAUCUCUGCUUGGCUCUGCUUAAGAAAGUGCCACUUUUUAGCAGCAUGGAUAAGCAACUGUUGGAUGCCAUGUGCGAAUAUCUCAAGCCAGUGCUGUUCACAGAGAAGAGCGACAUUCUGCAAGAGGGUGACCCGGUUGAUAUGAUGUUGUUCAUCAUGAAAGGAAAUCUGGCUACAAUUAUUACUUAUGGUUGGAAAAACGACUCUCACUCGGACGUUCUUAAGGCUGGCGACUUCUGCGGUGAAGAGCUAGUUCCAUGGGCAAUGGAUCCGCAGUCCACUUCUCUUCCCAUUUCAACCAGAACUGUCAAAACUCUAACUGAGGUUGAAGCUUUUGCUCUAAAGGCUAAAGAGCUGCAAUCUGUGGUUAGUCUGUUCCGCUUCCAGCGCUUCAAUAGCCAGCAGUUCCAACUCUCAGUGAGGUUCUACUCUCAUCAAUGGAAAGUUUGGGCUGCCUAUAAAAUACAAGAAGCUUGGCAUGAUUACUGUGAAAGAAAGCGGAGAGGGGGUGGCGAUAGCAGGUUUCAAGGUGCAUUGGCUAAAACGGUUGGCGCCUCGGCGAGCUUUGGUGCCACUCUAUAUGCAUCCAUAUUCAUAUCCCAUCUACUGCAAGUUGUGCAGCGAGAUCAACACCAGCAGACGUCCCAACUCUCGAGAGUGAUGACGCUACCGCCGCCUCCAAAGCCAAUCGAGCGAGACUUCACCAUCUUGGAUCUUUGAAAUGUGCUGUUUCGAGCUGUGUCAUGUUCUGUGUCCUGAGUAUCUUUUGUGUGUGUGAGAUAAUAUAUCUAUGUGAAUAAUGUAAGAUAAUCAACAGAAAACUCUUCCUGCUUGGUUUCAACUUUCAACUUUCAUUUUUCUCUUGCUUA